GCGACCGCCGACCGGUACUGUGGAGUGACGUCACAGCUAAGCAAUGGGUCGUUUGUCAGCGCCGAGCAACUCUCACUUCGGUUCAGUACCGAAAUUGCUGGGGCCCUUUCACUCUUCCUCUCUCUGGGUAUAAGAGAUACAUCCUUAUAAAAUAAUAAUUUUCGUUCACCAUUUCACUUCUCCACACGAAAGUUGCGUAGACUAGCCUACCAGUUUUCUUUUUUUGACCACAGUUGGAUUAUGAGCGAAGUCUGAGUGGUACGGAUAUUACCUGCUUUUUUAUGCCUGUCUGCAGAAGAUGAACUGUUGCGGUUCGGAUAAUAGGAGACGAAAGCGGAGCUGCAUGCCUUCAAGGUGGUGUGGUGAGUCCAGGUGAGCCCCCUUAUGUGGUGGCUCCUCUCUCGGCGUGGGCUGCAGGAAUAAGGGAUGUCACAGGUGUUCCUCCUGACCCUGCUCACGCUCUCCGCCAGCAUCCAGGUCCACCAUGCCACAAUCCUGAAGACGUUGAUGGAAAGAUGGGGGAUGUACAGGGACGAGUGCAACCACAACAUCAGCAGGGAGCCCCUCCCCACCGGUUUGGUGUGUAACAGAACUUUUGAUCGGUAUGCCUGCUGGCCCGAUGGUCUUCCCAACUCCACUGUCAGCGUGUCCUGCCCCUGGUACCUGCCAUGGCAUCACAAAGUCCAAUAUGGCUUUGUGCAUCGGGAGUGCGACUGGAGUGGACAGUGGGUUCCGCAGAAGAACGCCAGCGAGUGCGGGGAGGACGACCCGGAACAGAACCAGUAUGGGAGAAUCCUAAGUAACGUCCGAGCCAUGUACACGGUGGGCUACUCCUUGUCCCUUGGAGCUUUAGUUCUGGCACUUGGGAUCCUGGUGGCCUUCAGGAAACUCCACUGCAUGCGGAACAACAUCCACAUGAACCUGUUCGCCUCCUUCAUCCUGCUGGCGCUGUCCAUCCUGGUCAAAGACGCGCUGCUGGACAUGCCCUCGCUGAACAUCAUGCAGGACAUCGCCCCGGACUACGAGGUGGAGCAGCUGAGCAGCAACAAGACGGCCAUUGGAUGCCGUGUUGCCGUGGUGCUGAUGCAGUACGGCGUCAUGGCCAACAACUAUUGGCUGUUGGUGGAGGGCAUCUACUUGCACAACCUGCUUGUGGUGGCUGUCUUCAAUGAGAGGAACUACUUCAACAUCUACUUGUGCAUAGGCUGGGGUACUCCGCUGAUAUUCCUGUUGCCAUGGGUGACGGUGAAAUACCUGUAUGAAAACGAGGAGUGCUGGGAACGGAACAUCAACAUGGGAUACUGGUGGAUCAUCCGCUGCCCCAUACUGCUGGUGGUCCUGAUCAACUUCUUCAUUUUUAUAAGGGUAAUUAAGAUCCUUAUGUCCAAGCUCAGGGCGCACCAGAUGAGGUACACAGACUACAAAUUCAGAUUGGCUAAGUCCACUCUCACUCUGAUCCCACUGCUGGGAAUCCACUGUAUCCUGUUUGCGUUUGUGAUUGACGAACAGGCCCCAAGCGGAUCCCUACGCCUCACAAAGCUCUUCUGUGACCUUCUGCUCAACUCCUUCCAGGGUCUGCUGGUGGCUAUCCUGUACUGUUUUGUCAACAAGGAGGUGCAGUCAGAGUUGCUGAAGAAGUGGAAGCGGUGGAAGCUGGGAAAGGACAUCGACGAGGAGUACAGACACACCCACAGCCAGACGGCCCACAUGAAGAGCGGCAGCGUGGUGACGCACCACCAGCUCCCGGACCCCGCCCCUCUCCUGGCUCCGCCCGGCUGCGGCCGCCAGGAGCGUCGCCACCCGGUGGCCGCGUGCCAGAAUGGCACGGGCAAGGGUGGCCUGCUGUUCGCUGCCCUGCCACACGACACUGUCAGCAGCUGCAGCACCCUCACGGAGACCCUCUCCCUGGAGAACAGGGCCCAGAGUGUGGAGAGCAACUUCUGAGAUUGAUAGAGCUGGAAAAGGACCAGGAAAGAAGAGAUGGCGGGGGAGGCACUGUGUAAGCAGGGGAACUUCUGUCACUUGCUUACUUUCAGGGGCUGCCCCUGACAGUGAUACGUCUGUGCUGGGGGGGGCGGGGGGGGCGGGGGUCAGAGUUUGGGGCAGAAAGGGUGCUGACCGGGGACCAGCCCAUCUCGCCCCCCCUCCCCGUCUUACAGUGAGAUCGUACGAUGACAGACCAGGGGGGCGGGGCAGAUCGUUUCAGCCUGCCGGGUCCUAUUGCUCCCUCUUUGUGACUGACAGCCUGGUACGUGCACAUAAAACACAUCCAACAGGCGAGCCACUGUUCCUUUCCGUAACCUUGCCAACGAGCCGAUCCAAAUAAACACGUCAUGCUCCGUUUUUAUUUCCUUUUCCCUCGGAUGCGAAGGAGGAAACACCGACCACGGAAAUCUGUCAGAUCCGUUGAGUUGAACAUGAAUAUUUUAACAUGUGGCCAUCUGUGACAAAACAAGGUCCAGUCGAUGGCACCAGAGCAAAGGCAAGUCUUAUCGCUCCAAUCAAGGCACACUCUGCUGCUGCGGCAACUUUAAAAUCCCUAUAUGUGAUCUUUGUCAAUUUCAUUUUUGAUAGUUUACAUGAAGUAUUAGUAGAAACAUACAAUAAUCUAUUGAAUGGUAUCCUAUACCGUCGGUAUCUUGUGAUACAGUGACUUGAUUGGCGGUAUUUAAGCAAUUGUUUCGUUGCGGCAAACGGUCGACAUCCUUAAGACUGCAUAUAGUCAGGUGUUAAGAUUAACGGCGAUGCCAUAGCAACAACCUUACCUGCAUCACCUUAAUGACAUGACAUGUUAUUGACGGCAAAUGGCAGCUGUGUUCACUAUGUUCAACCCUGCCAUAGUAUUGCAUUCACACCUCACAACACACUCACACCUGAUUGUCUUGUAGGGAGAGACUGAAAAUUUGGCAUGUUCGCAAAAAAAAUUCUAAAUGAAAAGAAUAAAGAUGAGUCCGUACAAAAUGAUCAAAAUGUUUUUAAAAACACGGCAACCUUGGGAAAAAAACAACAGAAAAAAACAACGUCUUCGCUUUAGCCUGCAGGGUGUGUUAUGUAUCAAGCGGGUGUUUGGUGCACACACACACGCACACACACACACACACUGACUGAUGAAAAAGAUCAAAAGCCAAACAAGAGCGGCGAUGGACCUGGACGCGCGGAAAUGUUUAACAUGAGCGUGCAGUUCCUUGAUCUGAUUUGAAAUGGGAAAGCGACAAAAAGGAAGCACAAGAUAAUAUCUCCGCUGACCCAUUUAGCCGGACCGGAGGCGUGCUGGGCUCCCCCGCAGGCGCUGUCAGGCCCGGGUUCUGACUCAGCGACUCGAUGGCAGACAGGGCCCGGCUGGUACUCUCGACCAAUUCGUCGGAAUGCCAGGGCCUUCUACAUUCCAAGAACCUCCGGGGUCAUCCCGCGCGGUCCAAGGGCUGCCAGAGCAUGAGGGCCCCAUGGGCUGAACGAAGCAACCACAAAAUAUCUAUGAUAAAAGCUCGUCGACGCAAAGUUUGUCGGAAAUGUGUUUUUUUUUUCUUUCUUUUUUUUUCCUGAUGGUUGUUUUUACUGCGUAAAUGUAGAGGUGAAAGCCUGGAAUUAUUAUUAUUAUUAUUAUUAUUGCUAUUGGUGUUGUGCCUGUCGCCGUUAUUGUGGUUGUUGUGGUAUGUCAGGAUCAUUUUCAGGCGAUAGAUAUUUUAUGACUAGAGCAGGAGGAAGAGUACGUUCUGCAGAAUAUGAGCUGGCCGUGAGAGAAGGCAGGUGGAAGAGAAAAAGGAGGGAUGAAGAACCGAUCCGAGACGAAGGUGAGGGGGAGUGUUCCUCUUCCUCGCACGGUCAGGGUGAGCGGCCGGGGUGUGGGGAAGAGCUCGCCGUGCGCCAGUUCAGGGUUACGUGGUUUCACGCAGAACAGCGGCGAAACUGCGCGCUCGCUUCCUGAUUGUACUGAACUUCCCACAGUCAGACUUCUUAUUGUGUUUUGUGUUUAAGAUUAUUUGCUAGUAAAUAAUAGUGUAAGUGUAGUGCAGCCUUUGCUCUUUUCUGUAUAUGUGUACACACACACACACACACACACACAGAUGCCUGUUGCCACUAUAUUGUCAUAUGCACAACUGUGAACCCCUCCCCCACCUUUUUAGACAGAGCGCUCAGUGGCUCAAUAAAGAAACGUCUAAAAGCUCAAUCAGUAAAAAAAAAAAAAAGACUCCACUAAAUUUUUCAAUUUGUAAAAUUCAGUUAUCUCAUCCUAUGUUCAAUCUCCUUCAGUGUUAUACGCUUAGCUUGUUGUGUUGCUUGCCGGCUACAGAAUGAGCUAGCUGUAUAAAACUUGAGUGAUAUUGAAUACUGGAUGAGAUAACUGAAUUUUACUGAUUGAGUCUUUUAGUGGAGGCUUAAUUGAUUUAGCUUUUAGUACUUUGCUAGUCCUAGGAAAGAUGUUCUAGUCCUAGGAAUGCCACGUGCUCAAUUGACGAUAGGGUAGACUCUUAUGUGUUCUACAGUAGAGGAUUCCCCACUUUCUUUUAGUUUUUGUGUAGACUACCAAGUGUUCAGUUGGUCUUGAGGAAAAACGAAAACCAGUCUUGUUGUUUAUAAAGUAUAUUGCCGCACGUCCCAUUUGUUUUAGAGUAGAUUCUUACUCUGUUUGUUCGAGAGUAGAUUUUCUCUGACGUGGUUAGCCUGUGCUGUCAGCUGAAGCCUAACUGAGACGAAGCAGAUACUACGUAUGUUACGCAUCCAUUGUAUCUGUGAAAGGGAGCAAGCUUCAUAUGAAGCAUACACACACACACACACACACACACACACAAAAAACCUUAUUGCCUUCGUAGGAUUUUAUUCGAAUGCAUUAUAUAUGUUAAUGUACUCAUACUGUAACUCAUUCAAAAGGCUUCAUGGAGCCUUUGAUGACAACUCUUUGUGCUCUCAAAGUAAAGUGGUAUCUCCCAGCUGUGGACUGAUAUAUGCAUUUACAUCUCUGGAAUGCAUAAUGCAUUAUAUGUCCUUUUUUUCAUGCAUUAUGUGGAUUUUCAGCGUGUGUUAUGUGGGGUAUCACAAUGUAAGCCAUUAUUUUAAACGUCAAACAUUACAAGGCAACGGUGGUAUGAAUCUAGGACUUGAGCUAGAUAGUGCUUUUUAAAUCACAAGCUUUUUUUUGUUGUUGUGUCAAAACAAAACCAGAUGAAUGGAAUGGCGUUGUACAACUAUUUGCUCAGUGUUCAUUUAAAUAUGGUAAAUAUGUAAAUAGUGUAUAUUGCAUGUACAUUGUUAUUUUGGGUGGUGAACAUUGUAUCUCUUGGGGGUGGGGGGGUGGGGCUCAGGGGGGGAUUAUUUGGCACAUGCUCAGUAGGCUCUGUGUUAUGGGAUCACAGCAGCUUGGACUGAAUUAGUUCUCUUUUAUCUCUGGAAUGCACACAAGUGCAAACACAUGCACGCACGAACAAAUCUGAUUUGCGCUUUUGACCUAUAUUUGCUUAUCGGCUCACCGUUAAAAUGAUAAUGUUUGAUUAUCGCAUUUGGCCCACAUUCAAAAUCAAUGAAUACAGCUUUGCAGGAUAUGAUAGAGUGCCAUAUCGGAUGUGCAAUUCGUCAUCCGUGGAGUAGGCUGAUGAGCCUGUAUCAAACAUGCUAAAAAAUAACUGCGCAUGUCAAAAUGGGACAUUUAUUUAAACCAGUCGAUCGAUGUGUAUUUUUAUAGAAGCCUUGACAUUUCGACAACUUCGAUGACAAGAAACGGGUUUGCUUUGCUAGUUAGCGACAGUAGCUGCUUCGCUUUGGUUUGUCGACGGAGCGCCACCCUCAUUAGGCUUGUCACUCUGCUCCUGAGACGGCUUGUUUUUAAAUGCGAUUGAGCAAAACCCUGGUGCUGCCAUACGAACAUGCUAGCUGUAUAACGUCAGCUUUGCAGUUGUUUGUCCCGUUUUCUUCGGAUGUUCUGCUGUGGAUAAGACAUUUUUGUUAAGGAGUUCAAACGUUUUGUGCCACUGUUAUUAAUUUCAGUAAUUUUUCCUAUCAUUUUGUAUUUUAUUGUCUUUCAGUUUUAAAAAAACAAACAAACAAACAAAAAUGUGACAAACAUCCAAACACAACUUAGUCGUUCUGCCAUCUGUGAUCUAUGAACACACAUAUACAGUAUGCGGAGAUGGGACCAAACCACACACACCACAAAAACACACAGAGGUGGGCAUUUGCACAUUUUUAAAAAUGAAAGAAUAUUCACUGAAGAAAGUGCACUCAGAAGGAAAUGAAAAAUAUGGAGAGAGAGAGAGGGGGGGGGGGGAGAGAAAGAGGACUACUGAGGAAUUUGUGUGAGAGAAUAGAGAUAGAGAGAGAGGCAGAAGAAGAAAAAGAAGCCCACUGGUCCUGAAUAUCCCUACGCCCUUCCUCCUCUGCCCUUUCGGGGGUCCCUGGUAUGAAGUGGAAGAGUAGACCGAGGGGGAAGAGGAGGGUAAGCAGGACUGCGUGUAGAGAGGAAGAGCACAGAUUCUGGGCCGGGAGUCCGUGGCAGGGCUGGAGCAGGGCAGUAUUCAUGGAAGACCAGGUGUGUGCUUACCUGUAUAAUAGGCAUGGCUUCUGUUCGGUUCAGCCCUCCUCACAGUCAGUGCCAGCCGCCUGUCAACAAACAAACACGCGGUGCUGCUGUUGUGCUACUGUGUGUGUUCAUACACUGUAUAUUUUGUGUAAGGCCCAGUGUGACGGACACACAGGCAGACAGACAUGCAGAUGGUGCAGGACUUCCUCAUUGUGUAUAAACAUGUAGUUUGUGUUCCGGUUUCUUGAUGGAAUUAUUUUAAAAUGAUAAAAAAAUAAAAUGAAUGAAGUGAAAA